AUGGAUCGUGUGGUAGCUGCCGUAGUUGCCCUGGUGCUGGUGGUGUGCUUGCGGCUGCCGGCGGUCGCCCACGGGCAGUUGCAGGUGGGGUUCUACAACACGAGCUGCCCCAACGCGGAGUCGCUGGUCCAGCAGGCCGUCGCGAGCGCCUUCGCCAACGACUCCGGCAUCGCCGCCGGCCUCAUCCGCCUCCAUUUCCAUGACUGCUUUGUCAGGGGCUGCGACGCCUCCGUGCUGCUGGUGUCCGCCAACGGCACGGCUGAGCGCGACGCGCCGCCGAACAAGCCCAGCCUCCGGGGCUUCGAGGUGAUCGACGCCGCCAAGGCCGCCGUGGAGAAGAGCUGCGCGCGCACCGUGUCCUGCGCCGACAUCGUGGCGUUCGCCGCCCGUGACAGCAUCAACCUCACCGGCCAGGCCUCGUACCAGGUCCCCUCGGGCCGGCGCGACGGCAACGUCUCCCUCGACCAGGACGCCCGCGACAACCUGCCACCGCCCACGUUCACCGCGCAGCAGCUUGUGGACCGCUUCGCCAACAAGACCCUCACCGCCGAGGAGAUGGUCAUCCUCUCCGGCGCCCACACCGUCGGCCGCUCCUUCUGCUCCUCCUUUCUCCCCCGCAUCUGGAACAACACCACCGCCAUCGUGGACGCGGGGCUGAGCCCGGCGUACGCGACGCUGCUGCAGACGCUGUGCCCGUCGACCCCGAACGCGAACACGACGACGGCGAUCGACCCGAGCACGCCCGCCGUGCUGGACAACAACUACUACAAGCUCCUGUCCCUCAACCUGGGCCUCUUCUUCUCCGACAACCAGCUGCGGACCAACGCCACGCUCAACACGUCCGUGAACAGCUUCUCAGCGAACGAGACGCUCUGGAAGGAGAAGUUCGUCGCCGCCAUGGUGAAGAUGGGGAACAUCGAGGUGCUCACGGGCACCCAGGGCCAGAUCCGGCUCAACUGCAGCGUCGUCAACAACGGGUCGACCUCGGUGUCGGCCCGGGGGAUUGAGAUGGCGCACCUCUACCCGGGAUCCACCGCCUCCAUCGAUAAUAUCGCGACGAGCUGAUGACAUACUUAAGUUUUCAUAUCAGGACCACGUGACUGUGCACCGCUGGAAGAACAUUAGUAAGUUUUUUUUUUUUGAACAAGGAACAUUAGUAAGUUAGGCGAAGAUUGCUACGUAUGCGUUUCAUGUUUGUAUGUCCGUGCGGUGCAUGCAUGAGGCCUGUGCGUGUGGUUCUUUUGAUGGUGGCGAUCGAGGGUACGUGUGCUUCUGUUGUUU